AUGCUAGCGUUACCUAUCAAAUGGAUACCAGUAAAAUUACAAUUUUUAGAACCAGAAGAAUGUAUCUAUGGACUUAAUUUUGAUACAGAACAAAUAACAUGCGGAUUUUAUUUAACAAAUUUUGAACAAAUUUGGAGUUGUGAGUUAACAAGUAAAGAAUUGUUUGAAAAAGCUCGUGAAUUGGGAUUAGAAGGAUUGAAUGACAAUAGAUUGAUAGAUUUGUUCAAAACAAUUGAUGAGAAUAUACCCCAAAAACUCGAUUUCGAAUUAGAAGCUGAUCAGUCAAUUACUGCAAGCGUUGAUUUUGGUCUUAAAUGGAGUUUCAAAUUAGUAGUUAAUGAUCCACAACAAUCAAUAAAUUUUCUUACUAAAUUGAAUUUCCAAAAUUUUGCAAAUUUAAGUCAUUUACAAUAUCAAAAUGAGAAAUUAAAAGAAAAUUUAGGAGUUAAAGAUGCUUAUAUAAGAUUUUUAGAAUUAAAUUUCAAACAUAGUCAUGGAGAUGAUGCAAUGGUUAAAUAUAAAAAAAAUAAUAAUGCUGUUGUAAAUUCAAUAGAAAAAUUUGACCCAGUUGAGUGGGAAAGAAGAGUGAAUAAAGAAUACGCUAAGGAAAGAUCAAAGUUACCAAACAAGAAGAACUGGAGACUAGAUGUUGAAAAUUCCAUUUUUUUCAACGGUAUUUUUGCCAAUCAAAAUUAUUCAAGCGUAGCCAAAAGCUUAUUUUCAAAAAGCAACACAACGCAAGCUAUUACUUCAAAGAAACGGAAAAAUUCAAUUGAUGUACCAACUUCAAUGCAACUGAAAUCAAAUACUUCAGCCAUAACGCAUAAUGAUGGUACAAUCACAAAUAACUCAGAUAGUCCAAAACCAAAAAGAAAAAAACUAGGUCAACUUUGA